AAACAGUUACCCUAAUUCAUCUUAGUCCUGCUUUUCCAUAAACUACUUUAGACCGCCGUAAAGCGAGCGCGGAUUCUUCUUUAGCCACGCUAAGAUGGUUCUAUUAAUAAAACGGCUCUGGAAAGCCCUGCACAGAUGUCCUCUUACCACCCUGACCCUAACUCUUGCCUCGAAUUAGCAAACUUUUAUCAUCUCUCUGAUACUAGUACAGACAAGCCUCUUCAGUAAAAUUGAAGAAGUUUCAGCAACCGCAGACUUCACCUCACUUAUCCAAAUAGUGGGUGCUCCCAAUAGUCCCUCGUCCAGCCCCAUUCCUGAAGUCCUGUACACAGUGCUCAACUUGCCCGGAGUCGUGACACCAAAACUUUUUUGCCGUGAUGUAUUCAACCAUACAGAACUUCCCCAAGACACAAUGGCCGAGAAAUUAUCCGAGGAGCAAAUCGCAGAGUUUAAGGAGGCCUUCUCCUUAUUCGACAAGGACAGCGAUGGAAAAAUCACCACCAAAGAAUUGGGCACCGUGAUGCGCUCUUUGGGCCAGAACCCAUCCGAGAGCGAGUUGACCGACAUGAUCAACGAGGUUGACACAAACAGCGACGGCUCGAUCGACUUCCCUGAGUUUUUAACCAUGAUGGCCAGAAAAAUGAAGGACACGGACUCAGAGGCCGAGAUCGCCGAGGCGUUCAAGGUUUUUGACAGAAACGGUGACGGCAAGAUCAGUGCUGCUGAAUUAAGACACGUGUUGACUUCCAUUGGUGAGAAGUUGUCUGACGCUGACGUGGACCAAAUGAUCAGGGAAGCGGACACUAACAAUGACGGCGAAAUAGACAUCCAGGAGUUCACUCAAUUGUUGGUGGCUAAAUAGGUGCCUAACCAUUCUGCGCUCAGACGCAGCUUAAUUCUUCUCAAGGGGGCAAUUCUUCGACCCAAAAUCCCGACGCUCUUCUCUUUUGUAUACUCAACAAGUUA